CUGGUAAUAAAACCAGUAGCCCAUUUCCGGAUUUUGUAGCCUCUCUCUUUUUCCGGUUCGUUUGGAAAGUACCUUAUAUUUAUACAAAAUGGCAAAGCGCACGAAGAAGGUUGGAAUCACCGGCAAGUAUGGUACCCGAUAUGGUGCCUCGCUCAGGAAAAUGGUUAAGAAGAUGGAAAUUACCCAACACAGCAAAUACACCUGCACGUUUUGUGGCAAGGAUGCGAUGAAGCGAAGCGUAGUGGGUAUCUGGUCGUGCAAACGUUGCAAAAGGACUGUUGCAGGAGGUGCAUGGGUUUAUUCUACAACGGCUGCUGCAUCUGUUAGGUCUGCAGUUAGGAGAUUGCGCGAAGUUAAAGAACAAUAAGUAAAUAUAAUAAAUAUAUUGUAAUAAUA